AUGGAGAAGUUUGGGAUGAAUUUUGGGGGCGGCCCGAGCAAGAAGGACCUGCUGGAAACCAUCGAGUCUCAGAAGAAGCAGCUCCUCCAGUACCAGGCCAGGCUCAAGGACGUGGUCCGCGCCUACAAAAGCUUGCUGAAGGAGAAGGAGGCGCUGGAGGCCAGCAUCAAGGUGCUGUCGGUAUCCCACGAGGCGGAUGUGGGCCUCGCAGGUGUCCAGCCUCCAGGCCUCACCUUCUCUGACUCUGUGGAUGACCGGUGCUCCACUCACAGCGAGGAUAGCACCGGCACCGCCACCAGCCUGGACACUGCGGCCAGUCUGAGCAGCAUCAAGGGUGAGUUUGGGGUAGAAGAUGACAGACCGGCCCGCGGACCACCGCCUGCGAAGUCGGAAGAGGCCAGUGGGUCGGAGAGCGGCGUUAGCAGCAGCAGUGGGGAUGGGCCGUUUGCAGGUGGGGAGGUGGACAAGAGGUUGCACCAGCUGAAGACUCAGCUGGCUACUUUGACCAGCUCUUUGGCUACAGUCACCCAGGAGAAGUCCCGCAUGGAGGCUUCUUACCUGGCCGACAAGAAGAAGAUGAAACAGGACCUAGAGGAUGCCAAUAAGAAGGCGGAAGAGGAGAGGGGCCGCCUGGAGGGAGAAUUGAAGGGGCUGCAGGAGCAGAUAGCCGAAACCAAAGCCCGGCUGAUCACGCAGCAGCAUGAUAGGGCCCAGGAGCAGAGUGACCAUGCCCUGAUGCUCCGGGAGCUCCAGAAGCUGCUGCAGGAGGAGAGGACCCAGCGUCAGGACCUGGAGCUUCGGCUGGAAGAGACGCGGGAAGCCCUGGCCGGGCGGGCCUAUGCAGCCGAGCAGAUGGAAGGCUUCGAACUGCAGACCAAGCAGCUGAGCCGGCAGGUGGAGGAGCUGAAAGGUGAACUGCAGGCCAUCCGAGAGGAGAAGAAUCGACCGGACCCCCGGCUCCAAGAGCUUCAGGAAGAGGCCGCUCGCCUCAAGAGCCAUUUCCAGGCUCAGCUGCAGCAGGAAAUGAGAAAGACAGCCCUUGCGGAAGAUCAGCUCCGCCAGCAGUCUCAGGUGGAAGAGCAGAGGGUGGCGUCCCUGGAGAAUCAGAUAUCUGAGGUGUCUGAGCUGCUGGGCACGUACGAGAAGGCAAAGCAGAAGGACCAGCUGGCCAUCCAGAAGCUGAAGGAGCGCGUUCUGCAGCUGGACCUGGAGAACAAGACCCUGGCCCUGGCAGCCUCCAGCCGGUCCCCUCUAGACAGCCACGGGGAGGAGUCCAGCCUGGACGUCAACGUCCUCAGGGAUAAGAUGGAGAAGCUGAAGAGGCUGCUGCAGGUGGCCGCCAGGAAGAGCCAGGUGACCCUGGAUGUGGAGAAGCUCUGUGACCUGGACACGGUGGGCAGCUCAGACGCCACUGAUGGGGAGAAGGCUUCUGCGCUCUACUACCAGCAGGAGCUGAAGCAGCUGAAGGAAGAAUUCGAACGGUAUAAGAUGAGGGCCCAGGUUGUCCUCAAGAGCAAGAACGCCAAAGAUGGCAACGUGGCGAAGGAGCUGGAGGCCGCCCAGGAGCAGCUUGCCGAGCUGAAGGAGAAGUACAUCUCCCUGCGGCUGUCGUGUGAGGAGCUGGAGCGGCAGCACCAGGGGGAGGCAGAGGCCUGGAAGCAGGAGCUGGCCCGGCUGCAGCAGCUGCACCGGCACGAGCUGGAGCGCAGCCGGCUGGACUUCAGGGACCGCACGCUGAAACUGGAGGAGGAGCUGCACAAGCAGCGGGACCGGGCCCUGGCCGUGCUGGCCGAGAAGGACCUGGAGCUGGAGCAGCUGCGCGCCGUGGCCUUGUCUUCUGGGCUGCCAGGGCGCAGAAGCCCGGUGGGGGCCGGGGCUCCAGGGGACCCGGCCGACCCGUCUGCCCCAGAUAGCCUGACCCAAGCACUGCAGCUUGCUGCGGGCAACGAGCCCACGUUCUUCCUGUACGCCGAGCAGUUGGCCCGCAAGGAGGUGGAGAUCACGUCGCUGAAGAAGCAGAAACACAGGCUGGAGGUGGAGGUGCAUCAGCUGCAGGACCGGCUGCUGGAAGAGGGGGAGCGACACCGCGAGGAGGUGGGAGCCCUGCAGAGCCACAUUGAAAAGAAUACCAGGGACCAGAGCAGGGAGGGCGCCAACCUGGAGUACCUCAAGAACAUCAUCUACCGCUUCCUGACCCUGCCCGACAGCCUGGGCCGCCAGCAGACGCUCACGGCCAUCCUGACUAUCUUGCACUUCAGUCCAGAGGAGAAACAAGCAAUAAUGCGGCUCCCAGCCAGCGGUAGCUGGUGGCCCUCUGGCAAGAGAUGA